UCCUUCAAACUCCUAGGAUUUCUUGAUGUUAAAGUUGUCCCGUGUGCACGAGAAUCGGUGCUCUAUGGCUCCUUGGGAUCUUUUGUUGUGGGUCUGGGACAUUUUUUAGCAACUAGUAGAGUUAGAAGAUCUUGUGACUUUGCAGUCGGUGGCUUUAUUUGCACAAUGUUAGGGUGCUGGUUUUACUGCAGGUACAAUUUGGCCCAACACAGGAUCCGGCAAAGAAUGCUUAAAGAAGGAAUGAGAAACAAAAUUUUAUUUGAAGGCAGUUCUCUUGAUCCAGAAAGAAAACAAACUGGCCAUGAAAGAAGCGAUUCAUAG